GCACUUUCGGUGUUAUCGACUUUCAUUUUUUUUCGCUAUAAAGUGUAUAUAUACCGCUGUCUGCCGCUGUCCAGCAUCCGUAGACUGUCAUAGAGGCGUAGAAUUAAUAUUCGACUCGUCGACUCGAACUGACCCGAACGUGCAUCGUUCAGAGUACGUCUGGAAAGUCACCGGCUAACAUAUAAUCGGCGGCCGAUAACGACUUGUUACAUAAAUCGCUAUUAACAGCGAGAGAGGAAUCACAUCAGUGGUAGGAACACGUUUAUUGUCAUCCAUGGCUGAGGCUCUGCAGACUCACGAAGUUAUUCCAGAUGUGGUGAAAAAAGUACCUGCUAGCGUCCUGAAUGUAACCUAUCCCAAUAAUAUUAUCGUUCAGAUCGGCAAGGAGCUCACUCCAACUCAGGUCAAGGAUCAGCCUAAUGUUCAAUGGGAGGCAGACCCAAAUGCAUUUUAUACUUUAUGCUUGACUGAUCCUGACGCUCCAAGCAGAGCGGAUCCUAAAAACCGUGAAUGGCAUCACUGGUUAGUAGGCAAUAUUCCUGGAUCGAAUGUGAGUAAAGGAGACGUUCUGUCUGAAUACAUUGGUUCUGGACCUCCGAAAGAUUCAGGUCUCCACCGAUAUGUAUUCUUGUUAUACCAACAACCUGAAAAGCUCACUUUCGAUGAGAAGCGCUUGACCAAUCGAAGUGGUAGCAAUCGUGCUAAGUUCUCCAUUAGUAAAUUUGCGAAGAAAUAUAAACUCGGCGAUCCAAUUGCCGGUAAUAUGUACCAGGCGCAAUAUGAUGAUUAUGUACCGAUUCUCUAUAAACAGCUUUCCGGUUAAUUCUGUACACGCAUCAAUAAUAUAUAAUCAGUUACGAUAUGAUUCACAUGUAUUAUACAUAAUAAUGUAUAACCAACUGUCUAUUAAAUAAAUACACAUCAAAUACACA